GGAAGAAUGAACGUCUUGUGUUGUGAAAAGAUGAGCCAGCAAGACGCUGUGCACCCGAGGUGGUGUGUGGGUGUGUAAGUAGUUUUAUUUAGCGUGUGGCAAGCGAAAAGUAGAGUCAUGUGAAUAUGUGUGAUAAAUGCAUAAUUGAUAUAUUGAUAUCCAAUUUAAUCAUCCCGUGAUACGGAGUUCUAGAAUGGACCUAUGAUAUUGCCUUUAUUACUCUGCCUCCAUUAGUUAGGUAUCGAUCGAAUGUUUGAGUAGCGGCUGAGGUUUAUGCUAAUCCGUGCCAUCCAUAUAUUGAUGAUGAGCAGUGACACGAAAGGCCAGUGUUGCUCAAUUCAAAUCUUACAACAAGUGUUGCAUAAAAGGUUUUAUAUAGCAAGUAUAUUUGAUUCUGUUCAUUGGUGGUAUUGUAAUUUUGCUAAAGAAGAAACAGCUCCAAGAGUUGUUUCACUCGGCUCCUAUGGCGCUUUCGAUAGUGGUUUUUGUGGCACUGCUUUGAAUCUGUACCCAAUUUACUUCUUUAGGCCAACCUUGGGCUCCAAUGCAAUCGUCGCUUGCCUUCCCAUUACCAAAAGUUCGAGCCAAGCUACAGUUUUCCAUCUGGCUUCUAUUGAAUCCCUCUGGCCUCUUCGUCCCGCCACUGAACACCCACAUAACGCCUUCUACUAUGCGGGCGAGGAAGAAGGCCAACCACAUAGGCACCGCAAUAAUCUUCUCCGGUGGUGUAUAGUCACCUGCAAGACACCGUACAAGGAGGGCAAAACUCCAAACUUCCAUAGGCUCUCCAUUGAAAGCUUCGCCGACAACCUCAAAACAUUGCAGUGGCUCAUGCGUUUCUUCAUUUAUCAUAGCCUCAAUACAGCACAUACAUGCAUUGGCUACAUUUUUCGCAUAGACGAAAUCGAAUUUACUGGUACCGUCUCCGAGCUGCGAUUCGGGACAUUCCUUGUUCUAGAGCAUUUAAGAGCGAAGGCACGACCUGUGCAUCUCUCUCGCCGAGAAUCCGGCACGUAUUUGUGGGGGCAAUUUGCGGCGAGCACCGUGGCGUCAGCAGUGGCCUUAGCCAUGAUGUGAAGACCCGGGUUCCAAAUAGCUCCGCGCCAUACUCUGUGAUGGAUGAGAAUGGCGCACCAGUAACAACGGCGGUGCUUGACAUAUAGAUUUACUGCUUUACUAAGGGACACUUAGCCACGCAUGCGAGUGAGUUCUGCGUGCCACCAAUAGUCGUAGCAUCGGAAGCUUCGAGACCUGCCGAAGGUGGCGUAGAUGCUCUGUUGAUGAUGAUAUUUCGUUGGAUGCGGCUCAAUAAUGUGCCUUAGAUCCGUUGUGGAGCACAUGUCGCCGGCGUGGUAGCUGACUCCCUUCUGCAAAUUGCAUGGUGAGCCACUGAGUACAGACACAUGAGGUAGCGAGAAGUGUGCUUGCAAAGGAUUGAUGAUGUGGAAGCCCAGAAACCUGCACUCGCCAAUGACCAAUACGUGAUC